AUGAGGAGAGAGCACCUGCGGCACCGACGGGGCCGACCCGGGUCGCGAUUGUGCGGGUCAAGGCGCAGCCCCGGAAGCACAAGGUCAUUGCCUUCGGCUACAGGGUCCUUGUCGACGGGGUGGUCCCCGCCACCUAUGGGUUCCAGUACCUCCCGGACCCGGAACAGGUGGAGGACGACCUGCACCCUGGCGUGGUGCCCGCGAACUUCUCCCUCGCUCGCACGCCCGCUGCGGUGGGCCUGGCGGCUCUACUUCCACACCCGGGAGGGCAACGGCGCGCCACAAUACCAGGUCAUCUACACGCGGCCCGACCCCGAGGGCGGCGACGUGCCAGCCUUUUCCAUGGUGCUAGACUGGACGGAGGAUGUGGACGCCUUGUGGAUCGAGGCUCUCACAAGGCUCGAGGAUAGCAACGAGCUUUCCGAGGACGCCCUCGCCUUUCUGGACGCAGAUCCGCUGUGGCUGAUCGCGGACACCGCCACGCAGCGCACGCUAGAGAAGACGGCGGUGGUCCCAAUGCUCCGGUGCAUGGGGCAAAGGCCCUGCCUGGAGGAGUGGUACGCCUACCUCAACGCCGACGAGGAGGCCGACGCCGAGUACAGGUGGGUGGUGGAGAGCUUCGCGGAGGUCGAGCUGCCGCACCCCAGGACCUCCUUCAAGGGCGUGGGCUCGGUCGUCUGCUACCUGAACAACGACACCAACGAGACGACGUGGAAACACCCCUUCUACGAUUACUUCGCCCAGCUGCUGAACCACUGCCGCCGCUCAACACCAGAGGAGCACAUCAAGCUGCGCAUCAACCGCGUGCUCUGGUCCUACGAGGCGGAGUCGCAGACGGACGUGCAGUCGCAGAUGCCACUCGUUUCGCCGAAGUAUGUGAAGGUGUUGGCGGACAUCCUUAAAUGCGAUCUGAACGAGGAGCCGUACAUGGUGCGGACGCUCAAGACGUUUCUGAAGGCCUUCUCCCAGAUGUACCACGAAGGCGAACUUGACACGCAGGAGGCCUGCCGACUUGCCCAGACCAUGCAGGUGCCGUUGGCAGAGAUGCAGCGGGCAUACGCCGCCUUCCGGGACCACGCCGAGCCCCUUGCCCCAGGGGCCGAUAUGCUCAGGGACGGACGCCUCGGCCAGGAGCAGUUUGCCAGGCUCAUGCAGAGCCAACUCAACCUGGACAGCGACGUCUUAGCGGAGCGGCAGGUUCAGCUGAUGGCGUCUUCCGUCAAGAAGGUGUGUAAGGCCAUGGCCCUGAAGUACGGCUUAGAUCCCGUCGAGAUCGACAGGUACAAAAAGGAGUUUGACGAGCUGGACGUGGACCGAAGCGGCAGAAUAGACAGCCAGGAAAUGGAGAGCUUUCUCUCUUUCAUCGGCCGCGCUGACAUGUACAAGCCAGUCCUCGGGGAUAGCAUCGGUUUUGAGGAGUUCUUGAUCUUCAGGUUGAGGUACUUGACACCAGGAGCCACAGGCUUCAGGCAGUCCUCAGGCAGUACUGGAGGUGAUGCGCGGCCUGAAGCCUGA